CUAAUUAGACAGAUACAGAGAACUCUCUUCUCUUCACUGUAUAUCCAAUGGCCUCCUGGCAAAAGGUUUCAUCUGUUCUUCUUACUCUCUCCUUCUUCUUCUUCUUUGGGAGUAGAGCCUCCGCAACUGUGUUCACGUUCAAAAACCAGUGCAGCUACACUGUCUGGCCAGGAACCUUAGCUAACAACGGAGGUCCCGUCCUCGGAGACGGUGGCUUCCUCUUGGCGCCCGGUGCAACAUCGCAGGUCACUGCACCUCCGGGAUGGGAAGGCCGAUUCUGGGCUCGCACCGGAUGCAACUUCGACGGCUCCGGCAACGGUAGGUGCACCACUGGCGACUGCGGUGGAUUGAAGUGUAGAGGCGCUGGUGUACCACCCGUUACACUUGCUGAAUUCAAGACUGGCACUAACAAUGACAUGGAAUACUACGACAUCAGCCUCGUGGAUGGAUACAACGUGAAUAUGGGAAUUAAGCCUACUGGUGGGACAGGAGACUGCAAAGACAUUCAAUGCGUUGCUGACAUCAACGGGAGCUGCCCGGCGGUCCUGCAACUGAAGGACUCGGCCGGUAACGUGGUCGCAUGCAAGAGCGCAUGUACAGCGUUUAACACGCCGGAGUAUUGUUGCACCGGAAACCACAACACGCCGCAGACUUGCUCGCCCUCUCAGUACUCGCAGAUGUUCAAGAGGGCAUGUCCGAUGGCGUACAGUUACGCAUAUGAUGAUCCCACCAGCACGUUCACUUGCGCAGGCUCUGAUUACUUGAUCACAUUCUGCCCUUAAGCUUAAUUAGGGAUUCUGAUGAUUUUCCUUUCUGCAUCUGUCUUUCUGGUUUCACUGGUAAUAAUUAAGGAGUAUGUAUUCCUGGUAUGAAUAAGGGGUGAACUUCCGCUAUGAAUAAGAAGUCUGCCCACUCUGCUGUGGGUAGGAAAUUGUUGUUUCUAUAUUUA